GUCGAAACCAACUCUGAAUCUGCUCUAAAGUUUCCAUACUUGCUCCAAUUAAAUUCUCCUCGUUAUCACGAUUCCAUAGGCGCUGACGGUUCCUCGAUCGGACGUCAAUUGAUCGAGUUACGACCAAAAUAAACAUUCUGUCAGUUUAAAAGUACUAGGUACCGAAAUUGCAAUUUUUCCAGUCAACACAGUUGACUCCGACCUCUCUGGAAAAUUACACACUUAAUCCUCUAACUUUUCGAAUUCCCACGAAUGGUACCUGUACGUGGCAGAUUUUUGCUCAAAUUUGGGAGGCUCGGUUCUCCCUCAUCCGACGUCCGAAUUUGAUUUCGUCGACACCGUGACGCUCCUGAGAUUGCCCUCUACACGACCGUAUCCACCUUUUGAAGUUUGGUCGAACUUGAAAAUUUUCCAGAAUCCGGCGAACUCCGGCGAGACGCCGAUGAAGCUCCGACGAAGCUCCGACGAGGCAUCUCCAGACCUCCAAACGCAAAUUCGACUCCAUGGAACGAUUCAUGAUCCUCUACCGAGCAAAUACCAAUGCCCAGAAUCCUUUCUUUCCUCUUCUUCUAUUCCCUCUCUUUUUUUUUCUUCUUCUUCUUCUUGGAUUUCUGCUUCUUGCUGCUCGGAAAUGGCGGCUGUUUUGGAGGGGAGGGUUGGCUGGCUGCUACUGGUUGGUGCGUCUGAUCCGGCCACGGAGAGGAGAGGCUCGCGGAGGUGGUGUUGCGUGAUGGUUGUUUUUGCUGGUCCCUCGGAGAGACGACGACCACAACUUCUUUCUUUCUUCCUUCCUCUCCUUCUUCUUACUUUCUUCGGCUGGGUUUAAAUGAUGGGGAGAAGACAAAGGGUUGUUGGCGGCUAGUGCUUGGGAAAAGAAAUAAAUGGUGGGAGUGGUAACGGUGGGGUUGGUGAAAAGUUGAGGGCGGCUCGGCCCUCUUGGCCGAUUAUCUUUUUUUUUUUUUAAUUAAUAAUAAUAAUAUAAUUUAUAUUAUUAUUAUUAUAAAUUAACUCAUGAUUGUAACCCUCCGUACGUAACCGUCGAUCUAACCGCUCACGUAUUAUGGUCGAACCUGAACCCAAAGGUCGGGGUGUAACACAAAGAUUGUAAGAUUCAUAGUAAAGCGGAUUGUUCGGGGAAAGUCAAGGUAACGCGCGUCAAGGAAGCACGAAGCAGAGAAAGGGAUCAAGGGACAAGGAAAGAGUGAGUGAGUGCCCAUAAAAAAAAAAAAAAAAAGUGAGUGAGUGAGUGACAUCGUGAUGACAUCAGGCGUGGCUCGUAUUACGCCUCAGCAGUUAAAUAGGCCAGCCUAUCUCUAGAUCUCUAGGCACUACUACAUAUGUCUCUUGUUUACUGCAAUAUGCACAACUGCAGCAACGUCAACCAUCGCCGGCGGUGGCGCCACGACGUGUUCAUAAGCUUCAGGGGCUCCGACGUCCGACACACGUUCGUGUCUCGCCUCCGCGCGGCCCUCCGCAGAGAAGGCGUCACGUCGUUCGCCGAUGACGACUCUCGCGACCUGCCACGCGGCGAGAAUCUGAAGGAAGCGAUUUCACGUGCGAUCGAGCGGUCGAGGCUCUCGGUCGUCGUUCUCUCCCCUAACUACGCCUCGUCGAAAUGGUGUUUGGACGAGCUGGUCCACAUUAUGAGGUGUUGCACUAGCACUAGUCGCGCCGGCCACGUGGCUAUCCCGAUCUUCUACCAUCUGUCCCCGGAGGAGGUCUCCGGCUGCUACAAGGAGGACUUGGAUCGGCACAAGCGUCGGCAUACAUAUGAGAGAGUCGACGGCUGGCUUCGUGCGCUUGCUUGGAUCGCCGGCAUAUCCGGUUGGGUCUUUCCGGCAGCUGCAUGCCAGUAGGUGAAUAAGAAUAAAGUACCAGUAAAAUAUCAGAAUUGGGAAAGACAUGUCACUUGAAUAAAAAUAAAGUGACAGAGUGCAUCCGUCUAAAUUCCAUCUAUUUACCGUUAAAAGAAAAUAACAUACUAUUUUUUUU